GCCAACGGGCGGCGCGGGCCCGAGCCGCGAGGGGACGGGCCCGGAAGCGCGGGCGGGUGUGGGCGGGGCCUGAGGCGGAAGCGGGGCGGGCCCGCGGUGGGGCCCGGCGCGGCCCGGCGGGCGCCAUGGGGCAGUCCGGGGUAAUCGCGCCGCUGCUGCCCCGCAGGCAUGGACGAUGGGUUCCUCAUGGAGGUGUGCGUGGACUCGGUGGAGUCCGCCGUCAACGCAGAGCGCGGAGGUGCCGGGCGGAUCGAGCUGUGCGCGGGCCUCGUGGAAGGAGGGACCACCCCGAGCAUGGGUGGUGAAGCAGUGCGUGCGGGUCCCGGUGUUCGUCAUGAUCCGGCCCCGCGGCGGGGAUUUCCUCUACUCGGACCGGGAGGUGGAGGUGAUGAAGGCCGACAUCCGCCUGGCCAAGCUGCACGGCGCUGACGGGCUCGUGUUCGGGGCCCUCACCGAGGACGGGCGCAUCGACACCGAGCUCUGCACGGCGCUGCUGGCCGUGUGCCGUCCCCUGCCGGUCACGUUUCACCGCGCCUUUGACAUGGUGCAUGACCCUCUGGUAGCACUGGAGACCCUGAUUUCCCUGGGCUUUGAGAGGGUGCUGACGAGUGGCUGUGACAGCUCAGCACUGGAAGGAUUGUCCUUGAUUAAGAGGCUUGCAGAACAGGCAAAGGGCAGAAUUGUGGUGAUGCCAGGAGGUGGCAUCACGGAGCGCAACCUGCAGAGGAUUCUGGAAGGCUCCACUGCUUCCGAGUUUCACUGCUCUGCUCGCUCAGCUCGGGACUCAGGGAUGAAGUUCAGAAACCCGAACGUUGCCAUGGGAGCGUCCUUCUCUGCCCCCGAGUACUCCAUAAAGGUGGCAGACGUGGCCAAAGUGAGGACCCUGAACGCCAUUGCCAAGAACAUUCUGUAGUGGAGGGCCAAGAGCACAGAGACUCCAGAGUGUGCCCUGGCACACGGACUGAUGGGCACUGCUUCGCUCCUCAGGCUGCAGAGGAUGUGCACUAGGUGAUGGAGCCUGACACCUCUUCCCUUGCCUUCCCCUCAAGUCCCUGGCCUGGAAACUUAUGUUGGCCAUUUUAAAUAAAAGGACUCAUUCCCAGAUGUUGCAGCAGCAGCAGCUGUUGGGCAGCAUUUGGGAGGAAGGGAAGUGAGCAGGUAGGGGGGCUGAAUUGUAUAGCACUGCAUGUGAUUGUCAAAUAAACACUGCAGCUGCCCCCCUC